AUGUCUCAAGCCGCAACGUCAACAUCGCUAUUGAACGGAACGCGAACCGACCAUCUUGCAGAAUGGUCUGCUAACCUAAGUUAUAAAGAUAUCCCUCAAGAUGUCGUCCAAAAAACCAAAGAUUUCUUCUUAGACUGGUUGGGUUGUGCUAUUGCUGGCCGACACCACCCCGCCGUUUCCGCCAUGGCUCAAUUCGCAAAGCAGAUGGGGCCAUCAAAUGGGAAGAGUGAAUUGAUUGAUGGAUCCUUGAAGUUUAUGACCAGUCCAGCCUUUGCUAGUUUGGUUAAUGGUGCUUCCUCUCAUGUUGUCGAACAGGAUGAUCUUCAUAACCGGAGUAUCAUGCAUCCCGCUACUGUUAUCUACCCUGCCGCAUUAGCCGUUGCACAAGAGGUGAAUGCUACAGGCGAAGAAUUUAUUGCGGCUUGCGUGGUCGGCUAUGAGGUUGGUUGUCGAGUCGGGGAGUACUUGGGUAAAUCCCACUACGAGCGUUUCCAUUCAACUGCCACAGGUGGUGUCAUUGGAGUUGCAGCAGCCACAGCACACCUCCUAAAGCUCGACGCAGCAAAGACCUUGUCGGCAAUCGGAACAGCCGGUACACAAGCAGCAGGACUCUGGCAGUUCCUUCUAGAUGCUACGCACUCAAAGCAAGUACACACAGGUAAAGCUUGCUUUGAUGGUAUCUUCGCAGCCUAUACCGCUCGAGACGGUCUUCUGGGACCACGAGAUAUCCUCGAAGGACCUCGAGCGAUGGGUGUCGCUUUAGUAACCGGCAGUCCGAACCCAGAAGCAAUCGAUCAAAAUCUCGGCUCAGAUUGGGCUGUCGUCAGUUCCAGUUUCAAGUGGCAUGCAUCUUGUCGGCAUACUCACCCGAGUGUUGAUGCACUUCUGAGUUUAAUGAAGAAGAACAAUAUUUCCUUCGACGACAUCGACUCUGUUGUUGCGCGUACAUAUCAAGCUGCUCUCAAUGUCCUUGGACUUAGUGGAGAUGGUGAAACGGUGCAUCAAAGCAAAUUUUCCAUGGGCUUUGUCCUGGCUAUUGCGGCUAAGAAGGGCCAGGCUAUGAUUACCGACUUUACCGAGGAGGACCUGAAAGAUACAUCACUGCGGCACUUCCAGAAACGAGUUUCUAUGGAAUUUGAUGAGGUUAUUGAUAGCAAGUUUCCUGAAAAGUGGCAGGGAACUGUGAUCGUGACCUGUAAAUCUGGGGAAAAGUUCACCGAGUCGGUCGAGUUCGCGAAAGGAGAUCCUGAGCUUCCAUUAACCAAGGAGGAAAUUGAGAGAAAAGCGCGAGCGCUAGCGACUUAUGGUGGCUUUACCGAUGUCGCCCGAGUCAAUCAGUUGAUUGAAAGAGCUUGGAAUCUGGAAGUCUUAUCCAACCUUGGAAAGCUUGACCUCGCCGUGACGAGAACUAGCCUAGGAUCUUCUGACAGCGAGUACGAGUCUUGUUGGAUUGUCCCGAUCGGAAAUACCACCGCCGUCGGUCGAUACUCAUAUUUUAUCAACUCCAUUCGAUUAUACAUCCGAAAGCGCCGAGCUAUUGCGACGAGUUCAGACUAA